GCUGCCGGACGCAGGAUGCGCUUCGACGGCGCGGCCCCCGGGCCCGCGGCGCCGCUGUGCGGGGCGCUGAGCCUGGUGCUGGGAGCGCUGCUGGGCAGAGUGACCGAGGGCCGCGGGACCCCCGACGGCGGCCAGCAGUUCUCCUCGCUGCCCCCCUACCUGCCCGUGAGCUACCGCGUCCUCGGGGCCGAGACCGCCUUCUUCCUGCGGGAGGCCCGCCGGGACCCCUCGCGCAACUGCAGCCUGCGCGCCCGGGCGGAGUCCUUCUUCACCCACCGCGCCCGGGGGCCGCCGCUGCUGAGCGCCAGCUAUGGGCCCUUCUCCGUGGAGACGGCCGUGCCUCUGGAGUGGACGGGGGCCUCGAACUCGCUGGGCCCCACCGACCAGCUGGGUUUCGGCUGGACGCUGAAGGCCCACGUGCUGCAGGACAGGAUCUCCCCGGCCCGGCCCACCGUGCAGGUCCUGUUCCACGUCCUGGGCCGCGACGGGGCCGAGGGCAGCCCCGCGGAGCAGCUGCCCUGCCUGAGGGUGUUCGCCUUCUGGGAGACGCGGGCCGUGCGGGGCGGCUGCCGGCCGCGCGGCGAGCUGGGGCUGUGCGUGGCUGAGCUGCGGCUGCCGGCCAGCUGGUUCGGCGCCCCCGCGGUGGUGGCCGGCCGGAGGAAGCCGGGGCCCGCGGCCGAGGGCGGCACAGUGGAGCUGUACUACGCCGUGCACGCGGGCGAGGAGCUCGGGGACUGCACUGGCGGGGACGCCGAGAAGGGCAACGCCAUCCGCCCCGGGAAGGGCGGCCUAGAAGACAGCCUGUCCCACCUGCAGAGGGUUGGCGCCGUGGGCCUCUGCCAGGACCCGGACAGCAGUGACCACCAGCUCAGCGAGCUGCGUCUGGACGGCAACGUGGCCAUCUGGCUGCCCUCCCAUCCGGUCAGACCAGGGGACGUGGUUACAGCCUACGUCACCGUCGCCAGCAACGCCACCGUGGACCUCUUCAUCUUGAGGGCCAAGGUGAAGAAGGGCGUGAGCAUCCUGAGCGCCCGGACCAGCGAGCCUCAGCAGUGGGACGUGCGGCAGGAGGUGGGAGACGGCGGGAAGCACGCCACCGCCACCGUGGUGUGCCAGCGCCUGGGGCCCAGCGCACGCGACAGUGGCAGCGCCUCGUCCCGCGAGGUCGCGCAGAUGGACUUCCAGAUGGCCGGCGCCAGCAGCCUGUCGGGGACACAGCCCAUCAGCUGGCAGGUGGAGUACCCGCACCAGGGGGCCACGGGCGUCGCCGCGUCCGAGAUCUUCGUCAGCCAGAGGGACCUGGUGGGCAUCGUGCCCUUGGCCAUGGACACGGAGCUCCUGAACACGGCCAUCCUCACGGGGAAGACGGUCACCUUGCCCGUCAAGGUGGUGUCCGUGGAGGAGAACGGCGCGGUGGCCGACAUCUCGGAGUCCGUGGAGUGCAGGUCCGCAGACGAGGACGUCGUCAAAGUGUCCGACCGCUGCGACCGCGUCUUCGUCAACGGCAAGGAGGUGAAGGGCAAGGUGGACGUGGUGGUGACCUUCAGCUACCAGCACCUGCGCGCACCCCUGCACAUCACGGUGUGGGCGCCCCGGCUGCCCCUGCAGAUCGAGGUCUCGGACACGGAGCUGAGCCAGGUCAAGGGCUGGCGGGUCCCCCUGGUGGCCAGCAGGAGGCCGGCCCCGGACAGCGAGGACGAGGAGGAGGAGGAGCGGCGUGGCCGGGGCUGCGCCCUGCAGUACCAGCGCGCCACCGUGAGGGUCCUCACCCAGUUCGUGUCCGAGGGCGCCGGCCCGUGGGGACAGCUGAGCCACCUGCUGGGCCCCGACUGGCAGGUGGACGUCACGCACCUGGUGGCCGACUUCAUGAAGGUGGAGGAGCCCCGCGUGGCCGCCCUGCAGGACGGCGGCCGGGUCCUAGUCGGGCGGGAGGUCGGGAUGACCACCAUCCAGGUGCUGUCCCCGCUGUCCGACUCCAUCCUGGCAGAGAAGACGGUCACCGUGCUGGACGACAAAGUGUCACUGGCAGACUUGGCCGUCCAGCUCGUGGCGGGGCUGUCGGUCGCCCUGCACCCCGGCGCAGAGAGCCGCGGGGCCGUCACCGCAGUGGCCACGGCCGAGGAGCGGCUGCGGGCCCCCAAACAGGAGGCCGUGGUCAGCACUUGGCUUCAGUUCAGCGACGGCUCCGCGACGCCCCUGGACAUCUACGACACCGAGGACUUCACCCUGACGGCCACCUCCCUGGACGAGGCCGUGGUGUCUGUCCCCCAGGCCCGCUCUCCCCGGUGGCCCGUCGUGGUGGCCGAAGGGGAGGGCCAGGGGCCGCUGCUCCGCGUGGACCUGGCCAUCGCGGAGAGCUGCCAGAAAUCCAAACGCAAGAGCGUCCUGGCGGCGGGUGUCGCCAACGUCAGGGUCAAGUUUGGCCAGAACGACGCGGACCCCAGCCCCGGAGGGGGAGGGGACGGCGGCGAGGCCGAGAUCGAGAACCACGCCAGCGACCAGCGCCCCGGGGGCCGGGACCCCGAACGCACGGGCCAGGGCGGGCUCCUCCCGGGCAGCCCGUCCCUGGGGCGUGAGGAGGGGGCUCGCAGGGGCGGCCCCACCGCCAGGUCGCUGCUGGACAACCCGGUUGCGGAGAACAGCCGGCUGGACGGGGGCCGGCAGCCCGGGGAGGCCCCACUGCCCAACAUCCCCAUCGACGCCGGCGACUUCCCGGCGCCCGCGGACCUCCCGCGGGCCGGGGCCGGGCCGGGCGCCCGCGGCCUGAGUGACCUGCAGAUCGGCAUGUACGCCCUCCUGGGUGUCUUCUGCCUGGCCAUCCUGGUCUUCCUCGCCAACUGCGCCGCCUUCGCCCUCAGGUACCGGCACAAGCAGGCGCCCCUGGAGGGCCCGGCCUCCGUGACCCACUUGCACGACUGGGUGUGGCUGGGCAACGAGGCCGAGCUGCUGGAGGGCGUGGGCCAGGGGCCGCUGCCGCCGCCGCCGGACGAGCACACGACCGUGCUGGACCACGGGCCAGGGGCCUGCGUGGACGGCAGCCGCCUCCUGCUCAACGGCGGCUCCUCCCCGAGGCAGGCGCCGGGACAGGGGCCCUGGCCGGCCGAGUCGGGGGCCAGGCGGGGCCGGGACCAGAAGCACGAGCCGCUGCACUCGCCCGCCUGCAAGAGGAAGAAAGUGAAGUUCGCCUCCCUCACCCCCGUGCCCCCCGGCGACGGCUGCCCCACCGCGAACUGCGUCCUCGGCGGCCACGACGAGGACAUCAAGUGGGUGUGCCGGGACCUGGGCCUGGGCACCCCCGGGGAACCCAGAAGCUGCCUGGAGAAGCUCAAGGACAAAGUGUAGGCCCCUCGGGCCCGAGGGCCCCGUGCCAGUCCCUGCUCCAUCA